AUGAUAACCGGAGAUGGAAAUGAUAACACAAUUUGUAAUUCACACAUUCUUAUAAGAUUAAUCACUUGGAUCAUUGAUAUGGAUGAACAUGAUCAGCCUUGGAUUUCAGAGGAGAUAUGCAAAAUAUGCACCGAAGGCUUAUUAAGCAAACAAUUAGCAGCUGAAAGCAAGAUUAUUGUUGCUGUGUGUGAAGUCCUUGGUCAUCCAGAUAAACUAUCAAUAAAUGCAGCGAUUGAGUUAAUAAAGUUAUUAGAAAGUUUAGCAUUGCAUUCAAUUACAACACAUGAAUUAAAAAUGCUAUUUUUACUUUUGCGGCCGGAACUUGAGUUGCCAUAUUAUAAGAAUCUUUUACAAGCAGUUGCUACAAUUUUUCGUAAUCAAAAAUUGAUCUGCAGGAGUUAUAUUGAUAUGCAGGGAGAAACAGAUGGUUUAAGGGUACCAGAAAUUAGAAAAUGGGCAGGAUGUUCCUACGGCUUUAGCUUUCACUGUUGGAUUCGAUUAGAUCCUCUUUCAGACUUGGAUGGGCAAAAUUUUCGGAGGCAAUUAUUCAAUUUGAUUACGCCUCAAGGUACCGGCAUGGAAGUUUUUGUGCAGCGCGACGGUUCUCUAGUCACCGCCAUUUCACUACGACGCGAAUUUUUAACCGCCGCGGUAAACGCCAGUUCCAUUGGCAGUCCUGGUGGUUUAGCUGAUGGUAAAUGGCAUUCCGUCACUGUGUGCUUGGCACCACCCAGGCGGCCGUUUGCACACAACAACGUCACGAUAUAUGUUGAUGGGACGCAGAAGUUGGCAGUUAGCAUGAAAUUCACUGCAUUUGCUGAGCCAUUUUCUUACUGCACAAUUGGUUCAGUUGUGCAAAGAAUUUCUGGUAAUCAGCAGCAAAAUAAUUCUACUGCAACCAAAACAGAUGCUCCUGAAAAAGGAUUAGUGCCAAAUAUUAUUGAAAAAACAUUUUUGCCAUCACUAAUUUCACAAGUACCAAAUUAUUUUACAAUGCCACUUAGAACAAAAACUACACUAGAUCCCCAUGUGAGAAGUUUUCCUUCUGGUAUGCAAGAUUCUGUGUGGGGAAUCCCUUGUUGUUUGAAGGGACAAUUAGGUUUAGCUUGUUUAUUACAGGAGCCAGUAACAAUGUCCCAAGCAAAAACACUUUUUGAAGCAGGACCGUCAUUUCGUAUGCUGCUGGCAAACGACGAGCUUAGUGAAGGUUCUGAUCUCUUGAAUCGCUUAAUAUUUUGCUUUUCUCCUACUGCUUGCUGGGAUAAUCUUUGCAUUGAUCUUGCACCGGCACACAAAUAUAAUGGACAUGUUGUGGCCAAGAUAUGUCAUACCCAACACAUUCAAGAUGUUUUAAAUGGCAUUGGGGGCAUCCAUAGUUUAUUGCCAUUCCUAGAGUUUGCUGGCCAUGUGAAGGAUCAAGAUAGAAACAUUAUGCAUUUAAUUUCUCAUAUGUCUAGUAGUACUCUUAAACAAAGUCCUAAUUCUCCUGAUGAUAUGGUAGAAUGGGAAAUACUUCCGUCCAGUGCUAGUAUGGAUCACAAACUUGAUCAGACUCCAAUUGCAAUGUUUUUAGGGUUUUUUCGAAAUGUAUUAGCAUCACACACACUAAAUCAAGAACAAUUACUACAAAAUGAAGGUAUUCCAAUAAUUGGAGCAUUAUUAUUACAAUGUGAUUCAUCAUUGAUAGAUGUUAAUGUAUUAAUGGCCGUCCAGUUAUUAAUUGAAAGUUGCAAAGCCAACGAAAAUUCAGUAUUACUUAAAACUUUUUAUCAAAUGGUUGUGUUUAAUUUUAAAAUAUGGUCGAGAAGUGCUUUUCAUAUAAGAAUUGGGCACAUACAGUAUAUUUCGACAAUAAUUAAAGAAGAUAGAAAAUAUUUUCGGAAGAAGUUUGGAAUUCAGUUCUUUUUGGAUGUGAUCAGAGAGUUUUUUGUGAGCUAUGAGAAUUUAAGUGCUGAUGAUGCAAAGACGAUAAGAGUUUCAUUACUGGGAAUUGUUAAAUUUUAUAUUGCUAAAGAAGUCAAUGUUAAGGAGGUGAAAGCAAUUUUGAAUUAUUUAUCAUCUGUAAGGGAAGAAUGUCUGUUAAUAGAGAUGUUGGAAAUGUUAUUAUCACAUUUGGAAACUAAGAACUGCAGAGAUCAAAUCUAUUUACUAAUGUAUGAACCUAAUGCUGCUGAUUUAUUAUAUGCUUUGCUACAAGAUAAAACAUUCUCAGUCGAGUUCAAGCAGAAACUUUUAAAGUUUCUAUAUGUUCUAUUACGAACUGACAGGGUGAGUUCAAGACAUAAGAUGUCUUUACGUUUACAAGAUGCAAAACUUCUCGGUUCAGUGAGCAUGUAUCCAGGAUUAAUAUCUUUAAUGCCAUCUGAGCAUUUGGUUAUGGAGGUAUCCGUGAUGCUACUAGAUCAAAUGCUUCUUAUAGAAAAUGAAUGCAGCUUUGCGGGUGCUUUAUCUUUAUUAUAUGCUUUAUCACUAGCAGAUAUUGAUAUUAAAUUAGAAAUGGCUAGAAAAUUAUUGGCAACCACAUUUAUGAAUGAGAAUGCACCAUUUUUGAUAGCUAAACAGGUUGGCUGGCAAGAUUCCAUAAUGAGACUUUUAAUAAAACGACCAAUCAGUUCUCCAAUAGCCCCUCCAAAUACAUUACUUGCUGAAGUAGCAUCAGAUUUGAUGGCUUUCGAUGAGAUAAAUAUGGAACUUACUGAAAUAGAAGAUGUUCAUGGACCUCCUAGUUUAACUGCUCAGGUCACUGAAGUUGCAACUGCCUUAGAGCAAGAAAUUAUUGAUAUUGCUGGAUCUGUAUCAGAGGUUGUAGUAGAUAAUUUAACUUCUGUAAAAGGUAACAUAUCAUCUGUAUAUAGUGCCAUCAAACAACAUACCAGCAAUCUUCAGGAUACUUUAGAGCGUAGUCUUGUAGGAAGUACUGAUACUCAUAGUGAUUCUCUAGAAUCAUCAGAGCUCACCCCAAGAUUUGAAGUGACUGGAGAUGAUACAAUCAUAUGGGGUAGCCAAAAUUCUUCAUCUAGCAGUAGUACCGAAGACUUGUCUUCACUUCCUGUGAAUCAGCAUUUGGAUGCCGAGAGCACAAAUUCAGCAAUUUCUAGUCAGAGCACUUUAAACAAAGAUAAAGUAGCUCGGAAUGAAGCCCUGGCAUUGCAACAAUUAAGAGAAGAAAAAGCUCUCGAUAAAGAAGAAAACUUAUGCUACUUAGUUACAAAUAUUUUAUUUACAGUAUUAUGGCGUGGUGUUGAAGGUUCAACAAAAGAUUCUUGGAAGGUAUUGUAUUUUUAUACAUGCACUACGGAGUGUUAG